AUGGAAAAAAACUUUUCCACCAGCCCGGAGAAUCAAGAGGCUGAUCCAGAAGCGGCCCCCAGUAUCAGCAGCAGUUCCUCAAACCAAGUGACGUCGAACACGACAACCAAGAAACUCUUUCGUUUCAAGAAGAAGGAGAAGAAAAUCAAGAAGCCAGUGGUGCACAAGAAGAUCAAGUCGUCAUUCAGCAGAAUGAACUUCCUGCGAUUCAUCGUCUUCUUCAUCAGAAAGUCGCUGAUGCUCCAGCUCUUUCUGGCUGCAAGCUUCCUUCUGAUCGUAAUCAACGAAAUUGCUAUUCGAUUUCUAGAACACUACGAACAGAAAUUAUUUGCUUCUUCAACAACCGGAAAUUGCAACAAAAUGCUCAUUCUGAAGGUGACGUCUCUUCUGACGCAGUCAUUGGCCAAUAUCAUGAAGCCAAUCUACGCCGACCACAUUGGAAGUGUCCUACAGUUCUACUUCUUCCAGAACAUUGCAUUGGAUACAAAAAAGGCAAAAAGAAGCCCAUUCACGCACAUGACAGCCGCAGACAUCUACUCGUUGACGUAUCGGCACUCAGACACGCUUGAAGCAGCCUCAGCUGCUUUCUUGUACGAUUUGCCNCUAGAACACUACGAACAGAAAUUAUUUGCUUCUUCAACAACCGGAAAUUGCAACAAAAUGCUCAUUCUGAAGGUGACGUCUCUUCUGACGCAGUCAUUGGCCAAUAUCAUGAAGCCAAUCUACGCCGACCACAUUGGAAGUGUCCUACAGUUCUACUUCUUCCAGAACAUUGCAUUGGAUACAAAAAAGGCAAAAAGAAGCCCAUUCACGCACAUGACAGCCGCAGACAUCUACUCGUUGACGUAUCGGCACUCAGACACGCUUGAAGCAGCCUCAGCUGCUUUCUUGUACGAUUUGCCAUUUGGAAUUUAUUCGCUAUUUAAGACAAUUUCAUAUACCAAAAUAGACAGAAAAGAGUACGCAAUAGCCUCUCUGACGAUUGUGAACUACAAUCGGAACGUAUGCAACAUCAUUGAGACCCAUAGCCUCUUCAACAAUGACGACGACUUCACAGUGGCACUGAAGUGGAACAAUAACAGCAAUAGACUCAUUUACGUCAAUCAUAGCCUAUUUUCAGCAAUAAUUGCCUGUGUAUCCUUUUCAGUUGCGUACCUGCUGCUCAAGUCGCAGGUAGCCAGUGACUACGAGGUCUGUGCCACUGUUCUGUCGCUGUACAGCUGCACCAAGGCCCUUCUUGAAACGUACAACAGCCUGGAACUGUCCAGGGGCCACCUUUUUGGGAAGGAAUUCUAUGUUUAUGCACAAAAUACUGUCACAUAA